ACAUCAGCGAGGUUUCGACUUCCCGUUGAAGUUGGCUCUCACGCUUUAAUUUGACCUCGAAUGCCACGUGAUGAACUUUGUACUCCGCAAUAGGGGUUAGGGGCUACUCCUCUAUGCUGCUUGUCACCUUUAACGAGCAUGCGACAAGUCGGAUGGGGUGCUAUCCAGCAUUCCAAUAAGGACCAUGGUCAACUCGAUCCAUUAUAUUCACGUUAAUUACCAUUGUGGGCAAUUGAAAACUCUCAUUGGUGGUUGAAAUAACUUGUUUUCUGGGCUUAGAAAACAUGGGGCAGCCAAGCUCUAGUCAAUUAUAUUAUAGGUGAUCCAGACGUGGAGCUCAAGGCUUCCUAUACUGCCCCUUUGGGUCGGGGUAUCAUGACUCCAGAUUCCCCGGUCGCAUUUUAAUAUCCACAGAGUACGCAUAAGGCAAGAUUCGGGGUGUGAUGUCUCCACGCAAUUCUCCCGCCCAUUCUCCCGGAGCCGGGAAUUUGGUCGUGGCGGGCCCUGAGGUUGUGGCAACGGCACUUACUCCUUCACGUACGUCAGAGGAUAUAUAUGUCGCUCGACCAGCCCUGCUCUGCGCGGGGAAGAGUUUUGACGGAUUUUCCUGGACUUUAAUUUGGUUCUGCGACACUGAAAGCUUCGUCCAUAUUCGUAUCCGGAAAUUUCAUCAUGCAUUACCGUGUCUUGGGCGCUUGCGCUGCGGCCCUUGGGGCUUUUCUCCCCGUAGUUGCCGCUGAAUGCAAUCGAACCUACCUGGAAUCAUAUGCUAACGACUAUAUAAGCACAUAUGAGAAUGGGAAAAUAGCUGACCUGAAAAGGGCAGAAAACUUCACAUACGUAGAGAACAACAAAACAACGGAGUUCUCGGGAGGGAUAUUCGACAAAUCGCUCGUGGUUGCAUGGAAAAAGACAAUCGUCGACCCUGUUGAAUGCGCUAGUUUUGUUGAAUUCAUUACCACGAAAGAUUCGAAAGGCGCGGCUGCACCAUACGUUAUCGGAAGUCAGAUUCGCCAUAGCCCAGGGGACCUCAGCACCUACUUAAUAGACUCGAUUGUUUCGACAACGGGUUCGUGGCUAUUCAAUUCUACGAAGACCCUAGAGUACGCGACUCAGGAAAACUGGACCAGGAUUGACGACGACAAGUUGGACUCGCGUGAAGCCCUGAAGCUAGCUGCUGACGCGUAUCUUGAUAUGUGGAAUAAUAAGAGCGCCGUAGAUGCUGUUCCUUGGGGUAACCCUUGCUCAAGGCUUGAGGGCAGCGUCUAUACCGGAACUUCCUGCAAGGUGGGAAUUCCUACUAACAACAACCAAGCCCCGAACUCUCAUCGUAGGUACGUCAUCGACCAGGCAUAUGGUUCCAUCAGCGUGCUCUGCAUCUUCGAGCAUCUCAGCAACGCACCAGAUAGUCAUGAGUUCCGCAUGGAGAAUGGCAAGCUCCGGUAUAUUCACACCAUCACAAUUGCGAAAAGUGGCUUUCUUGAGGUGGAGGAGCCAGCGCCAGUACCAGUAGCGGGGCGUAGGGCUCGGCGGGGAGGCGCUUCUAGCCGUCUUCUAGGAUAGGUCUUGUGACAUUGUACCGUUAUGGAUUUACGAUAGAGAAGGGUCUAUUCACAGGAAUUAGUCUCCUUCGAUAUUCUAACUUCAUUAUUUUAAGCAGUCGUUACAGGAUAGCCGUUGUAGUUGUCAUUAUGCUAUACGUUUUAUAAAG